UGACGUAAGAAAACAAGCGGGCGGGAUUUGCCUUUUGGAAGCGGUGGAGAAGAGCCGCCGUUGCGUCUCGGGUCAUGGCGCGGGCUGUGCUGCAGCAAUGUCUGUAUGCGAGGCUGCAGGUGAAGCCCCCGGAGUCGGAUUGCGAAGCCGAAUGGGUGGAGAUCCAGCGAGGACUUAUAAUCUAUGUAUGUUUCUUCAAAGGGGCCAAUGAAGAAAUCAUUCCCAAAAUGGUCAAUACACUCCUGAAUGUGAAAUUAAGUGAAACUGAAGAUGGCAAAUACGUUUCUGUUGUGGAUUUGCCAGGCAGCAUUUUAAUAAUACCUCAAGCCACACUGGGUGGUAAACUGAAGGGAAGAAAUAUGCAGUACCAUUCCAACAUUGAAAAGGAAAUUGGGAUGGAACUGUAUUCUCAGUUUGUAACUCUGUGUGAAAAAGAACUGGCUGCUAAUGCCAGAUGUGCGGAGGCUGGUGUUGUUCUGAGGCAUGGGACUUAUGGAAACCGGCAGGUAUUGAAAGUGGAUACAAAUGGACCAUUCACUCAUAUGAUUGAGUUUUGAAAAGUGUGAGUUUGUGAAUGACCAAUAAAAGUUGUACUGUUGUUUCAAUAGGUAGCUAUGUAUAUAUUUCUUUGCAUAAAUUGAAACCUAGUUAAAUAUAUUUAAUUAUUUAAAUGUAAUGUUGUGUGCCAGCCUACAUAAAAAGAACUUCCUUGCCUGGGGAGGGAGGUUGUGGGGGGAGGAUUUCUUGAAAAGGGUGACCCUACCCCACCCCGCAUAUUCGAGACCAUUUGGGUCACUGACCUGGGAUAGUUGAAGUGGUAGCCAAGAGAGUGAAUAAAUUACACACUUGAUACCUUAUAUUAAGACAAACAAGAUUAAUACAUGUUGCAGAGGGCUUUGAGUUGAAGAAGAGUUCUGGAAAAUUCAAAAGCUUGCACAGUGUGUUGUGUUAUUUACGUUGCUCUUAAUUAAAAGGUAUUGCAUGUAUCUGCGACCCAGUUUGACACACACACUCCCUGGUUUUAUUUUUCUAUUUUUUCUUUGGCUCUGUUCAGCUAUGCCCCUAUCCUGGAAGCCCCAUCCCCAGACAUUCCCUAAUCUCUUAAACUAUUAUGACUAUAGCAUACACUGCUGGAAAUCAAUAUCUUUUUAAUAACAGCCACCACCUUAAAUGCCAAAUGCUAACCUCCUGAUGUUAAGCAUUAACACUUUUACAUAGCAUAGUGCCAGUUAAUAUUAUAUUUUCCGUGCAAUAACAAUGUCUCCCUAUUUUAUUUACAGUAGUUGCAUAAUUUAACAGAAAACUAUACCACAUGUAACCAGUCCACAUGC